GUGUCGGCAGAGCAGUUGCAGGAAGAGCACUCGGUCAUUUCAACUAGCAGAAGAGUCGACUACAUGCCCUUAACAGCCUUUUGUCAGUAACUUAAUAUUAGCUUAUUUCACAGGGAAUGUAUUGAUACAAUUCCAACUUUCAAAAUGGUAGCAUAGUGGUUGUAAGAGCAGCUCCACAGUACCUUAGCCUAGCCGAGCUGAGCUGCUGAGCUGGACCAGUUAAGAGUAGGUUUGGAUAUGUUUAGCUAAGUUGAGUUUUUUUUAAUAAAUAAAGGUUUGCUUCCGCAUUCUGACAUGGAGUCAUUUGCAGACAUUGGCACCGUUCUUGUAUGCUCUGCGGGCAUUGCAGUUAGUGGGAUUGUGUUUGCAGCCUACAAACUUGGCUUACUCUACCAGUUGUUUCACAAGGCUGAGACAAAGAGCCCACGACAUGGUGGCGAGAGCGUGGCAGAGGUGCUCCGAGCCCACGGGGUCAAGUACGUUUUCACCCUUGUCGGUGGACACAUCUCACCUAUCCUGGUGGCUUGCGAGAAGCUUGGGAUCCGCAUUGUGGACACCAGACAUGAGGCCACUGCUGUCUUCGCAGCUGAUGCCGUGGCGAGACUCUCAGGCACUGUUGGUGUAGCCGCAGUGACGGCUGGCCCAGGUCUCACUAACACAGUGACAGCAGUGAAGAACGCUCAGAUGGCUGAAUCUCCAUUGCUGCUCAUGGGAGGAGCUGCUGGUACACUACUUCAGGGCAGAGGAGCGCUGCAGGAUAUCGACCAGAUGUCUCUCUUCAAGCCGCUGUGUAAAUUCUGUGCCUCUAUCAGGACUAUCAGGGAGAUCGUGCCCACUGUCAGGAAGGCCCUGGCCAUCGCUCAGUCGGGAACUCCUGGUCCUGUUUUCAUAGAGUUCCCCAUCGACACGCUCUAUCCCUACCAUCUUGUGUCCAAAGAGUUUGGUGUAAAGAACCCUCCCAAAGGCCUGAUGGGAAAAUUUGUCUCAUGGUACCUCAAUAACCACCUCAUGAACAUCUUUGCUGGAGCCUGGGAGAAGAGAGACGUGUCUCCGCUUCCCGUUGACAUCCCACAAGCCACAGACGACCAGAUACAGAAGUGCAUAGAGCUGGUGAGUCGAGCCAAGAAACCUGUUAUCCUGCUGGGCAGCCAAGCAACACUACCCCCAACGCCGGUCGAUGACAUCAGGAAGGCAUUGGAGGACCUGGGCAUCCCCUGCUUCCUUGGGGGCAUGUCCCGUGGCAUGCUGGGUAAAGACAGUCCCAUCCACAUCAGACAGAACAGGCGAGAUGCUCUGAAGGAGGCCGACGUGGUGCUCUUAGCAGGCACUGUGUGUGACUUCCGGCUGAGCUACGGCAGCGUUCUUAACAGACGCAGUAAGAUAAUCGCUGUCAACAGAGAUAACACGCAGCUGCUGAAAAACUCCGACAUGUUCUGGAAACCAACUAUAGCAAUUCAGGGUGAUGCUGGUUCAUUCUUGAUGCGGCUUUCCAAAGGCCUGAAGGGCCAUCGUUGUCCAGAGGAAUGGCCUCAGAGACUCAAAGCAGGAGAUGUGACUAAAGAAAAUGCAAACAGGGCUAAAGCUGAUGAGAAGACCGACCGCCACUUAAAUCCCUUGAAAGUCCUCCACUGUGUGGAUGAGCUGAUGGCAGAGGACAGCAUCAUUGUUGCCGAUGGGGGGGAUUUUGUUGGAAGUGCUGCUUACAUAAUGAGACCAAGAGGACCCAUGCGAUGGCUGGAUCCAGGAGCCUUUGGGACCCUGGGAGUUGGAGGAGGAUUUGCCCUGGGGGCGAAACUGUGCCGGCCUGAAUCUGAGGUGUGGAUAGUGUACGGUGACGGCUCCUUAGGAUACAGUGUUGCAGAGUUUGACACAUUCACUAGACAUAAGACACCCGUUAUAGCUGUGGUGGGAAAUGACGCAUGUUGGAGUCAGAUAUCCAGAGAACAGGUUCCCAUACUCGGCAGCAACGUGGCCUGUGGUCUUGCCUUCACAGAUUAUCAUAUAGUGGCGGAUGGUUACGGCGGUAAGGGCUACCUUAUAGGGCGUGAGGACGAGGACAGGCUCGGCGACAUCAUUAGACGGGCUCAGAGGGAGACCCAGGAGGGCACGGCUACACUUCUCAAUGUUCUGAUAGGGAAGAGCAACUUUAGAGAGGGCUCUAUCUCUGUAUAAAGCAGCUGGGAUCUCUGGAAACGUCUUUCUUUACCUAUUGGCUCCACAUAAACUUUACUAUCAGGCUCUGAGUUGUUUCGGAGAGUGUAAAGACACUGCUGGAUACCCGACCUAUGCUAAUCCUUUGUGCCCUUAAAGCCAUAUUUCACUUUGGGAAGAGGAAGUUACUUUACAGUUUGCUCAUAUAAGAGUGCACGAACCGUCAGUUGUGAUGGCACUCACUUCCCCUCAUCAGACUAGUAAAACAUAAUCAUACUAGUAAAGACCUCUGCAAACACCGGAGUCAUGACUCUGUGGGCGACUGUUUAUCAACCUGCAGUCGCUGUUAUUUACUAUUUAAGUUCUACUUCAGUGAAACUACAGCUCCAGAUCUGCCAGCCUACAAACUACAUAUUUAGUUGUGCGUCAUGCAACUUUCAGGUUCCUGCUAUUUUCAGACGAUUGCUGCAUUUUAAGAAGGGAAAGAGACAAAAGAAAGAAUCUUUUACCUUUUUCAGGAGCUCUGGGUUCAACGUUUCACCUUUUAAACAGCCUAUUCUAACUUUCUUGCAAAUAAACCAGUGACUGAAAACCAUUUUUUUUUGAGAGAGAGUAUUGGUUUAAGUUAUCAAAUGUGACCACUAUGCCUUUUCUCCUGUUAUCAAAUGAACACGGAGCCUUUUUAUGGGGAGACAUAAAACUCUACAGCUGUAAUAUUCUUUAUCGGUUGAUGAUUUGCGAUAAGAAUUUGUUAAAUGAAAAAUAUAUUUUGAAUGUUGAAGAUUGACAAAUGGUAUGCCUUUUAAUGUUUGAUUGCGUCUUUGAAUACAUUGAUAUGUGUAGAUUGAAAAAUGUGUCUGCUGAUUCAGUUAUGUAUUUGAAUGAUAUUUAAUACUAACUUGUAUGCAUUGA